AAGAAAUAUUUAUAUUAUAAAAUUAAUUAUAUUAAUAAAAAAAUUAAUUUAUAUUAUAAAAUUAUAUUAUAAAAUAAUUAUAAUUAUUAUGUUGCCUCCUACCGUAACAGUAAUUAAAGUAACAAAUGUUUUAACACCAUAUAUUAUAAGAAUUUGUGAAAUCAAACAUUAUAAUGAAAAAUUAAAUUCUAUCAAUAAGAAAUUAUUUAAAAAAAAAGAAAUUUUUAAGACUGUUAAAAAAUACAAUGAACCAAAAAUAGGAGAUGCAGUUAUAGUAUAUAAUAAAUUACAUACAACAUGUGAUUUUCCUGGAUGGUUAUCUAGAGGACAUAUUUGUAAUAUAGGAAAUUUAAAAGAUAUAUAUAAUAUUUUUCUAUCUGAUCAUGGUAUUUGUGUUGUAUUAAAAAAAGAAGAUUUUGUUAUUUGUUCAACUGAUAUAAUUACAGAAGAAUAUUUGAGCUUUACAGCUGGUUUAUAUAAUGUUUUACCUGCUGAUGUAAAAUAUGAUUUCUCUAUGCAUAAUGAAACUCUAACAAUUUUAGACGAAUGGAGCACAUCUGCAAUUGAAUACACAAAAAAAUUAAUAAGUGCAUCUGAUACAAUUUAUUUUGAUUAUUUAGUAUCUGAUCAAUAUGGAAGAUAUUAUGGUGAAUUUUACCUUAAUAUAAAAAACAAUAUAAUAUGUUUAAGUGAAAUUUUAGUUCUUAAUCAUUAUGCUGUUUAUUUAGAUAAAGAAUUCUUACAAAAUUAUGAAAAAAUACGAUCAAUUGCUGCAAUUAAUGGUAAAUCAGAAAGAUCAUUAGUGGCUGAAAUGUUUAAUGGGUGUCAGAUAUUAAUUUCUACACCUAGAUUUUUAGUACGUUUUAUGAAUAGGAAUGAAAAAUUAAUAAAUUUUAAAAAUCUUCAAUAUUUAAUUUUGGAUGGUGGUGAUAUUAUCUUGAAUAAAUAUUAUGAUUCUGUAAAUCAUUUAUUUAAGAAAUAUAAUAUUAUUUCUAAUAGAGAAUCAAAAAAUAAAAUGUUGCAAAUUAUAAUAACUGCAGCACAUUGGACACCGCAAUUAAAAAAAAUUGCUUUUAUUUUUAUGGAUAAUCCAUGCAUAUGUAUAGCAUCUUUUUUAGAAGCUGCGAUUUUUAAAUCUGUACAUAUAAAUAUAUAUGUAAUAAAUUCAAAAAAAAAAAAUGAAAAACUCUUAGAUUUACUAAGUAAUGGAUAUUCUUAUACAAGAACUAUAAUUAUUUGUACAAAUAAUGAUGAAGCUGAAGAAUUAUAUAACUUUUUACAAAAACAUAUAGAAAUUCUUUUAGCUCAUGGAAAUAUGAAUUUUUUUCAAUUACAAGAUAUUAAACAAUGUUGGAAUGUUUGUAUAAGCGGUUCUUAUCCAAUUUUAAUAUGUACAGAUGAUAUAUUAUCUGAUAUAGAUAUUACAAAUGUAACUUGGUUAAUACAUUAUUCAAUUCCCUUGCAUUCUAAGACUCAAUUUAAUUUUCGAUUUUCGACACUUAUAGAAAAUUUACAAAUGGAAAAUUGCAAUUGCAAAGUAACAAUAAUGAUGGAUGAAAAUAAUGAUAUACAAUUUUUACAUGUAAUGAAAAUUAUGCAACGUAUGAAUAUUACAAUUCCUCAAAAUAUAUUAGAAAAUAUUAAGUUUAUAACAAAUGCAUUAGAAAAGAAAAAAAAAAAUUAUCCUAUUUGCAAUAAUAUAAAGUCCUGGGGAUUUUGUAAACAAAUUUCAUGUGCAUUUAGACAUAAAAUAAUUUCAAAAAUUGAUAAACCACUCACAAAUAUUCAAAUAAAUGAUAAAGUGAAAUUCAGAGUAGUAAGUAUACUUGAUGCCACACAUGUUUCUGCUAGAAUUAUAUCAUAUAUUAAAUUUGAUACAUUAGAAGAAAUAGAAUUUCCUAAUACACAAUAUAUGUUAAUUAGCAAAAGUAUUCAAGAAUACUAUUCUAAUGCAAAAAACAGGAAGAAAUGUGAAAUAAUAGACAUUGGAUGUAUAUGUGGUUUAGAAGAACCAGUAGAUACUUUUAAAAGAGUACAAAUUUUACAUAUUGAAAGAGAGAAUAAGACAGGAAAUCCAAAGUAUGUAAAUGUAAAAUGUAUUGAUAAUGGAGUCAUUUUGAACAAAGUAAAUGUAUAUAAUUUACUAUAUAUGCCAAAAAAACUUGUAAAAUAUCCUAUCCAAGUAUUUGAAGUAUUUUUAGUUGGUGUAGUUCCUCAUGAUGAUGAAUAUGUUUGGAAUAAUUGUGCAAUUGAUGCUGUAUAUGAAUGGUUUAAAGAAAAUGUUGACAAUAGAUCAUAUGUAAUUGGAACGGUAAAUUUACAUCUUGGAAAUACAAUAUGGGUAGAUACUUUAAACGUUGGGACAAAAUUGAUUGGAUAUAAAGACUUAAUUGGUUCGUCUAUAAAAACAGAAUUAUUAAUAAAAGAUCAUGCUAUCAAAAAUGAUAAGCAUUUAAAUCAAAUGUACCAACUUUGUAGAGAUGCUGGAUUUUUACAAAUCAAUGGAUAUGAUUUGAAUCUUUAAGAAAAUUUAUGAAAAAUUAUU